AUACAACGCGGAUCUCUUCCUUUGAACUGUGGAGCGCUGAGCGGCGGUGGCGGAGGUAACGGGGUGAUAAAGAGUGAGAUUUCAGGCUCCUGAAUCACCCCGGGAGAGGGUGAGAGGGAAGUGUGACAUAUUUAUCGAGGAAAAACAUUUUUCCCUCUGCGAGCGGAGCGCACACACAGCGGGAGAGAGAGAGGAGCGCUGAAGCAUGUCGCUGAGCCGGGAGGAGAGCGGGAGCCGGACUGCGCUGCUCGCCGGGAAUCGGCUCUCCUCAGGCCGCUGACCGGACUCGCGGAGCCGCGCUGUGAAUAGAAGAAGGGAAAGAGGGAAGGACAGCAGACCUUCUUGAACAGUUUGAGCGUUUCCUGACCGCAGCAUCACCCUAUCUCAGCCACCUGGGACCAUGCUGUUUAUCUUGGCCGCAGGCUCCGUGUUCUUCCCGGGGCUUUUCCUCUUGUCCAAGCAGUGUCUGAAACAGCUGCCUGGUCUGGGAUGGAGCGAGGGGGAUGCUGUCAUGGUGUCUGCCAGGUUGGUGUCGUCCAUCCAGGCUGUCAUGGCUUCUUCAGCUGGUUGUAUCAUAUCAACCUCCUGUGAAGACAUCAUUAAGGACCAGCACUGGCUAACCACUGCCUACAUCCUGUUCGCGGUGCCCUACUUCGUGUACGACAUCUACGCCAUGUUCCUGUGCUACUGGCACAAGCUUCAAGUCAAAGGUCACGAGGUGGACAGCGGUCCCAAGCUGAAAUCCGUGGCUCUGGCCAGCUACCUCCGCCGAGAGUUCCUCAUGGUCUUGCACCACGUCGUCAUGGUCACUGUGUGCUUCCCCGUCUCUGUGUUCUGGAGGCAGGGGAAAGGCGAUUACUUCCAGGGCGUCAUGUUCCUAGCUGAACUCAGCACUCCCUCCGUCUGCCUAUGCAAAAUCCUCAUUCAGUACAAGCUGCAGCACACGCUACUUCACAAAGUGAAUGGGGCGCUCAUGCUGAUCACUUUCUUCAUCUGUCGAAUCCUUCUCUUCCCCUACCUCUACUAUGUUUAUGGCAGCUACGCCUCCAUCCCUUUCUACCUGGUCCCGCUGGCGGUGCCCUGGCAGUGUAACGUGGGGGCGGGUCUCCUCAUGGCUCCACAGCUCUAUUGGUUCUCCCUCAUCUGUAAGGGAGCUCUCCGCCUGUUCACUGGACGCUCCUCGCGCUACCGAUCUCCCGAAGGCCCCGCCUCUUCCUGCCUGGACUCGCAGGGGUCACACCCCCAGUCCUCUCAGCCGGCCAAUGGCUACAGCAGUCGGAUGGCCGCUCUGGACAUGCCCAUCACCAUGAGCCACUAGGAGAAGAGAGAGGAGCAGCAGGAGAGACUCGGGGUGGAGGACAGAGUGGGAACAGCGUGGGUCACACAAACAAGUGCAACUGAAGAACUGGACCUGAGUGGGGACUGUAAUGGAGUAGCGCUAUUGUACUAUAGUACAGUACAGCACGGUACCAUGAUUAGCUCCGAGACCCAUUACUACAUGUAGGACUGCUUUAGUAGAAGAUGAGAGCUAAAGACUCGUAAAAGACUCCAAAAAAAUGGCCAAGCCUGUGUCCGCUGCACGUUUGAGCAAACCGAGCCGAUAUGCAGCGUUAUUAAUAUGCAUUAUAUAAGCCACUAAAGGGGUUGUCUGUAUAGGCAUGUCAAUGUUGCUGCGAACAUGAUCAGGAAAUCAACUGUUGUAAAACAAAUUUUAAUGUGAAAAUCAAUGAGAUGGAACCUCCAAAUCCAAUUGGUUAGACUAAAAAACAUCAUAAGUAAGUAAUUACGACGCUCUUAAACUUUGCAAGCUAUAAAAGAAAACACUUUACACCGACACAUUAAUAAAUACAUUAUACAAUAUAUAUAAGGAAAAAUUGUAGGUUGCUGGUGACCUCUCUCGUCUCAGUAAAACUAAAACUAAUCCCUGGCGGUCUGAGAGAAGAGACGGCUCAGGGAUUCGGAAUGUAUUAUUUUGUAGAUGAUAGAGUGCACUGUUAAUAGCAACCGAAGCGUAAAACUAAAGUAACAGGAAGAUUUCUCUCCAACGUCCCGCUCUAAGGCCAAAUACAGUGUCUUGCAAGAGUAUCUGUAACCCUUGAACUUUUUGUCACAUUUUGUCAUGUUACAUCCAAAAACUUUAAAUAUAUUUAAUUGAGAUUUUAAGGUAGACCAACUGCUUUUGAAAGUUUAUUAACUUAAUUAGUUAAUAGAGUCAUACAGCUGUGUGUAAUGUAGUCUCAGUAUAAAUACAGCUGUUCUGUGAAGGCCUCAGUGGUUUGGUCAUGAACAAACAGCUUUAUGAAGACCAAUGAAAUCACCAGACAGGUCAAAGAUAAAGUCAUGGAGAAGUUUAAAGCUAAAUCUAAAGGGUUAGGUUAUGAAAACAUAUUCCAAGCUUUGAGCGUCCCUCUGAGCACUGUUCAGUCCAUCAUCCAAAAAUAGAAAAAAGUACAUCUACCAAAACAUGGCCAUGGUCCACCCAAACUGACAGAAUAAGCAAGGAGAGCACUGGUCAGAGAGAAGCAGCCAAAAGUGGCCUAUGGUCACUCUGGAGGAGCUGUAGAAAUCCACAGCUUAGGUGGGAAAACUUUAAGUAGUGCUCCACAAAUCUGGCCUUUAUGGAAGAGUGGAAAAAAGAUAUAGAAAACCUUUGUUGAAAGAAAGACAUUGUCACACGCCAUGAAUUGAUAAGGUAGAAUGGAGUAAAAAUAUCAGUGUUUUGAAGAGCAAAGCUGGUAAAGAUAAACCUCAAAUGACUUACUCUACUAAGUAUUGAUAUGGGGUUUUGGUAUAUUUAUUUUAUUUGAUAUACAUUUUGAAAACUAUGUAUCAUUUUCUUCCACUUUACAAUAAUGCGUUACUUUGUGUUGCUCUAACACUUAAAAUCUCAAUAAAAUUUUUAUAUAGUGUUAUAGGGUGACAAAAUAGAAAAAAAAAGUUCAAAGGGGUAUGAAUACUUUUGCAAGCCGACCUCAAUGCAGAACGUUGGAGUAGAUCUUUACCAGCACUAUCUACUGUAUGUAUCUAUACAUAAAUAUAUAAAUAUAUAUAUAUAUAUAUGUAAUACUUGUAUAAACUAAAAUGUAAACCCCAGAGACAACCCUGAAUUUCUAGGUAAAAAGAGAAGAUCAGAUAUAUUAAGCUGCCUUAUCCCUUUUGGAAUUAUGAAUUAUGUAUUUUAGUUUAUUUUUGCUUUUUGCCUAGAGAAGAAUAUUUCCAUAAAAAAAACUUUCAAAAAAACAGACUGUACAUAAUCGACAAAAUCAUUUUCUAAUUUAUUGUUGUUUUUGUUGACGACACUUUCGUGUGUUACAAAUCCCAACUGUAACUUAUUGUUUUGUUAUUAUUUGUUUAUUUGCGUUAGUUUCUAUCUAUUAUUAUGUUUAUUAUGUUUUGUGGCAUAAAUGCUCUUGACGAGCGCUGUUAUCAUACUGGUUAUGAGACGAUAAUUAUGAUUUUAUGUUGUUACAAAGUCAGUAAUCCCACGUAUGAUCCCCAAACCAAUAUCAAUAUUAAUAAUAUAACCGUCCUAACCUGCCUGCAGAUACUCUUAUUUUCAGUGUUACAGUUAUACGUCGGGAAUGGUCGUGGAAUAAACUGCAUACAGUACCAAAACUACCAUAAUCGAUUUUCAAUCUAGUUCCUAUUUGUGUGCAAAUAGCAUGCUGUUACGCACAGUAAAACCACAUCAGAUUAUAAAACCAUUAUUAAACUAUUACAGCAGAUCAGCACAUUCAGAUACUGGAAAAAUAUUGGAAUAAUGAAUAAUGUACACUAUAUGUUCAAAUGUUUGAGGGAACCUCUUCUAAUUAAUGCAUUUAGUCACUAAAGGUUUUUAAGGCUCCAUCUACAUGUAUCUGGACAUUUUAAUAUAUAUAUAUAUAUAUAUA